AUGUCUAUAGAACGAGACUUUUCGAGCGCCGAUGAGGCGCUCACGGGCAUGUUCCCCAUCCACCGCGCUUGUCGUGAUGGAGAUGUUGGAGCUUUGCUGUCACUGAACCAGCAUCACAUCCAUCUAACAACCGAGGACUCCUGCUACGGUUGGACCCCCAUUCACUGGGCUGCUCACUGUGGACAGUUGGAGUGUGUCAUGCGCCUGGUGCAGAUGGGUUGCAACGUGAACAUGGUGUCCACUCGCUUCAACCAUACCCCAAUACACACCGCUGCACUUGGGGGGCAUACUCGCUGUGUUUUGUGGCUGUUGCAGGCUGGUGCAGAUGUCAACCGGCAGGAUUUGGUAGGUGAGGCUCCCAUCCAUAAAGCUGCCAGAGCAGCCUCCAUGGAGUGUAUCCAGGUUCUGCUGAUAGCAGGUGCCAAACUACACUUAAGGAACACCAGUGGCCAAACCGCAGCUGACCUCGCGCGCACUCACGGCUCUGAUGACUGCCUCCGCUUCAUAGCUAACUUGCAGGAGCACCUGUUGCAGCUCGGUGAGCUCCAUGGCAACGGGGAGAAGAAUGGGAACGGCCCUGUCCGUGAUCCCGGUCUGCUGUGUAGGAAAAGGCUGCAGUCUGCUUUUGAGAAUGGUCAAAUGAAGAAGGCAAGGAGAGAAAUGUUACCACAGAUGCAGCAUUCUGAGCUUGAGGACAGCAUGGAAUACAACUGUGGAGCUCAUCCACCCUCUCCUGUUGACGACGAACCGAUGAAAAGCAUUCCCGACUGUGAUGAGGUUUCCACACGGCUGUCUUGGCAGCAGGGAAGUUCUUCAUCCGAUCAGCGCAACUCACCUGAUAUGUGCGGCUCACUGCAUCUGACUGGAAGUCCCAACAGCUGCGUGCCCCAUCGACCAGAAUCAGAGAAUCUACUAAAAGCUGAUUGGGGCGAAUUCCUACUUUAUGGACAUUAUCAUGGCUUUGGGGACACAGCGGAGGAGUUAUCUGACAGAGACCACUAUGAACAGAAGUCUUUUCAAAAUAUGGAAGGUGUCAUGCAACUGUCCCACGACAGAUUCUAAAUCAAAGGCAUUUUUAUAUUUUCUCACAGGCUGUCUCGGUUCCCCAAAUUGUCACAUGAAAUUUGUUCAUGAUGAUCUCACUUUUUUGGGACACAUUUUGGGAAUGUCCUCUUGGUGCUUCAUCGGACUCUGGGUUGUAUACAAAAGUUUCCAAACCGUUAUUGUGCCAGAGCAUUAAUCAUUUAUAAAUCUAGUUAGUAUUUACAUUAGAGAGAAAAGAAAUACAGGGUUAUCUUUGUAAUCUGCAGCACCCUGAUGUUACUUGAAGUCCAUAACCGUGCAACUGUUUUUGCUACAAGCAGCAGGGAUGCCUGUAUUUCUCUUUUUCAUCCGCUUAUUUGAUGUUGGGGCAAGAAAUGUAUUGGUUCGUCUGACUUUGACCGGGAUCCGCUGUGCAUUCCUUAGUUACCUUUGAAUUGUGAUGUACUGUAUACCUUUUUGUAACUUGCUUCUCAAUAUUCCCACCAUUUCUGACAAUCAAAAAUACAUUUAGUAAAAGUUUCAAAAAAAUA